UCAUUUGUUUGCAGGUUCGGGGUCGCCGCUGAGCAGGUUACUAGGCGCGUGACGAAAGCACGUCGCCGGCUAUUUGGUGCCCGCGCGAGUCGCCGCUUUUUACUUCUUAUGUAGACGGGGCUGCUGGCGGAGGUUAUUUGUAUUUCAGAGUGGCAAGCAAAGUUGGUGAAAAGAAGGCAAAAUUCGAACGGCUGACCAACAUGCCUCGUGUCUAUAUAGGCAGAUUGAGUUAUCAUGUUCGAGAGAAGGACAUCCAGAGGUUUUUCAGCGGUUACGGAAAACUCCUGGAAAUCGAUUUGAAAAACGGGUAUGGCUUUGUGGAAUUCGACGACACCCGCGAUGCAGACGACGCGGUCUACGAGCUGAACGGGAAGGACCUGUGCGGGGAGCGGGUCAUCGUGGAGCACGCCAGGGGACCUCGGCGUGAUCGCGACGGAUAUGGCAAUAGUGGUUACAGCAGGAGCCGCUCCGGAAGAGAUAAGUAUGGGCCACCGGUUCGCACUGAGUACCGGCUCAUUGUGGAGAAUCUGUCCAGCCGCUGCAGUUGGCAGGACCUCAAGGACUUCAUGCGUCAGGCGGGUGAGGUGACAUAUGCGGAUGCCCACAAGGAGCGCACCAAUGAGGGUGUGAUUGAGUUCCGCUCCCACUCCGACAUGAGGAGAGCCAUUGACAAGCUGGAUGGGACUGACAUCAAUGGCAGGAAGAUUCGCCUUGUGGAGGACAAACCACGUCGGCGCCGGUCCUAUUCUGGCAGCCGAUCAAGGUCCCGUAGCCGCCGUCGAUCACGCAGCAGGAGCCGUCGGAGUAGUCGAUCACGAAGCAAUUCCAGAUCACGUUCACGGUCUCGAUCCCAUGCCAGGAAGUCUCGCUCAGGAUCUCGUGACAAGAAGUCAAGGUCCCGUUCCCGUGGUGGGAAAUCUCGCUCUCGAUCCCGUGGGGCAAAGUCACGAUCUAGAUCCCGUGGGGCAAAGUCUCGCUCUCGAUCCCGUGGGGCAAAGUCACGAUCUAGGUCCCGUGGGGCAAAGUCUCGCUCUCGAUCCCGUGGGGCAAAGUCACGAUCUAGGUCCCGUGGGGCAAAGUCUCGAUCUAGAUCCCGUGGGGCAAAGUCUCGAUCUAGGUCCCGUGGGGCAAAGUCUCGAUCUAGGUCCCGUGGGGCAAAGUCUCGAUCUAGGUCCGUGGGGCAAANUCGAUCUAGGUCCCGUGGGGCAAAGUCUCGAUCUAGGUCCCGUGGGGCAAAGUCUCGAUCUAGGUCCCGUGGGGCAAAGUCUCGAUCUAGGUCCCAGGAUGGAAAAUCUCGGUCCCAUUCUCGUGCUCAGAAGUCUCGGUCCCGAUCACGGGGACAGAAGUCUCGCAGCCGCUCUGCUGAUCGCAAGUCUCGCUCAAAGAGUCGCUCCAACCCAAAAUCGGAGUGUGACUCGCGUAGUCACUCAAAAGAGAAAUCUGUUGAGAAGUCUCGCAGCCGCUCUCCUUCCCCGAUGGAGAAUGGGAAAGCAGAGUGUGCCAAAUCAGCCUCUCGCUCUCCAUCCCCUCCUGCUGAUGAAGGCCAACCAAAGUCUCCAGCAAAGCGCUCGGCCUCCAGGUCCCCAUCUCGCUCCAAAUCUCAGUCCCGCUCGCGUUCCCGUUCUAGGUCUGCUUCCCAAGACUGAGGGCGAUGACAAAACUCUCAAAGCUUCAGCCUUCAUACUAUGCUCUGAAGGUUUUUUUCCCCCCUCCCCCAUUCAAUAGAGGGGCUUCUGUCAGUUCACACACAUUACGUUGCCUCCUGUAAAUGUUAUGGUUUUAUCUUAAUUUGGUCUCCGAGCACUUGGGACACGUGAUGUUGCCUGAGUAGAAUCUAACGAUUGGUUCUUGGUAUUAAAAGGAGUGAUGUGUAAAUCAGUAUAAGUUGCUAAGAGCUAUGGACCAGAGCAGGUGCUAUAUAGGUCCAUUUUGUAAUCUACUCAAUUUAAGAUGGCCUGUUUACUAUUGAGAGCUUAAUUCUGUUAUUCUCUGCUGUUUUUUUUUUUUUUUUUUUUUAAUGAACUGCUUGGUCAGAAUCUGAUUGCUAGUAGAGUUUGGGUUAGGCCUUAUGGUUUAGGAAGGCCACAUAUUUUUUAUUUUUUUUCCCCCCUCCCCCAAAUUAACUUGGCAUCAGGAGUUUUGAUUAUACAGGCAAGUUUAGGAAAAGCUGUUUUAUUUCGCACAUUUUUUUUUUCUCCAGUGUGCAUAUUCGUGAAGCCUGACAGGUUUUUACUGUACAUUAAAGGUUAAUAAAAACUUGGGUUUCA